AUGCACGAGACCAACGGAGCGCUCCCGUCGGUCGCCCUUCAUCAAGAGAACCAUGAUUUUGCAUAUCAGCAGAUCCUGACGGGGAAACAGGAACAUUACCUGAAGCGCGAACUCAUUGCCCGCCAGGUUCAAACAGAAAUCGCCGAAUUAAACUCCCCAACCGCCCUCCGUCGCUUCGGUGCUCCGUUCAAGUCGGAAUUUGGAGAAGUCGCCCCUAUCGACUCGGAACUUCCUAUCCUUCGGUAUAUCUUCGUUCACCAUGUGCGAAACUUCCCCUUCCUCGACCAGGCGAGAGAGAAGGAGUUUUGGCAAGAUAAGCUGCAAGUGUUUCUCGAAUCCUUCGCGAACAAGAAUGUGUCGUCAUCCGAGGACCGCCUAGAGGAGACAAAGCGGAGGAAGUUGGCACGAAAAUGCGAGAAACUUGUUGAGCUCAUGAUGGUGUCUGGUAUUCCUACCGCAUCCGGUUACGAGGAGCGCAUCCAAUUCUCGGAGAUGGAGGUUGUCGACCGCAGCGCCAACGAGAAAGGCCUCCUUGUGAACAUGCCUGAGGGAAAUGCGAUCAACGGGUGGGAUAUCAACGUUGCUGCUGUGAGGGUUACAUCGGUCAGGCGCACCGUCCGCCACCAUCAACACGCGGAAUUUAUCAUCCGCGUGAGGCGGAAUGCACAGAAGGACAUCUUCGUCGCUCGACGAUUUGGGGACUUUGCAAGACUUCUCAAAAGACUGCGCACAGAGAUUCCAGGCAAACCGCUACCCCCUCUUCCACGGAAAAACAAGUCCUCAUCUACUUCGACCAUUUGGGGUGGGACCGUGGAAGAUGACGAGUCCUCAAUCUCCUCCACAUCGACGACUCCGGACGGCAACGUCCUUGAGGAACGUUCGUCUCGAAACUUGAUCCCAGGCGAUUUCCCGGGACGCACCCGGUCGAGAUCAAGGAGCUCCGUGAGAAAGUCACCCAGAGCGUCGGCAGAUAUUCCGCGAGAGGCAGUGCUGUUCCGCGAGGAGCAACGAAUUUCGCUGCGCGCGUUCCUUCGUACGCUCCUUCAGAACAAACGUGUGGCAGAAUCCAAGGCAUUGGAGGAGUUCUUUACCCUUGAUCCAUUUGUUCCUGGCCAGGAAGAGACCCUUGACAUGGAAAGACGAAAAGAAGUAGAUUCUGUAAGGAUAGAGGAGCAAAAACGCUUUUACGAAAUCGCUCGGCAGCGCGCAGCAGAAUUGGAUGUCUAUAUGGAGAAAUUUCGUCGGGAUAUUGUAGAAAGCAAUGGCUUAACGAAGCUUUUUGCCGAGAUCCGAGAGAAACAAACCGUCGAGGAUCUGAGCCCGCAAUAUCAGAAGUUCGCUGAAUGGCUGCGCAUCGAGGUCGCCGCUACGCUUUACCACCUUUUCUUGGCGGAGGAUAAUUCGCCAGAGCUCUUUGCACAAGCGAAACGGAUUCACUCCUUGGUUCCGUAUACCUUGUUGAAGAAUGUGAUUCGCAUUGCCAACCCCGCCGCUGUAAUGACCGGCGUACUGGAUCUCUUCCUCGCUCAACCUUUUGGCUCCAAGUCCCUCAUGCAGCGUAUAUUCUCCAUGACACUAAAUGAUGGCAUCAAAGGAUUCCAGCGGUCGAUCGACGCCAUGGCGGCCAAGGUUGAUGAUCCCGUCAUUUCUCAGAAGUUGAAGGCGUUCACCGAUGCAGAUGAAAUGGUCAAAAAUGAGAUCCGCCAAGAGGCUAUUGAAGAUGAUGUUGACGUGGUUGUCGCUAUUCUUCGAUCAGAGUACAUACCGGGUGAGCUUACGGUGGACCAAAUUGGCAAGGUCUUCAAUUCGUUUGUAGCCUGGAACUAUGCUGUUGAGCACGUGGACGAAGAAAUGAGGGAGGGCGCCGACUGGUUCGGAAAUGUGAAGCAGCUUCUGAAGCUAUACACGCGCCAGAGGGACAAGGCUAUGAUGCUCAGCAUCAUUGAAGAGCCAGUCACUGUCCAGCUGUUCCGCGACCUCUUCACCAUCUUCUAUGAGCCAUUGGUCCGGGUGUACAAGUCGGCGAACGUAUAUAACAGUAUUACCGACUUUGCCAAGUUUGCCGACGACACAAUCGCCGUCAUUGAAAAGUGCCAGAAACAGGACAUUUCCGCCGACCCAAACCAAACAGUCCAGGCAUUUAUUGAGCUUUGCGAACGACACCAAGCCAGUCUCUACAAGUUUGUUCAUGAGGUGCAUCUGCAUGAUAACGGGCUCUUUGGUUCACUGAUGUCAUGGAUUGAAAACAUCCUCGACUUCCUUCGCAAUGGCCCAAGUGGAGGCAAGCUUGACAUGAAUGCCUUGUUCCGUGGCGCAAAGGACGUCGGCCAGAUCGAUCACAAUCUAGCUCGUGAGGAGAUAGACAAGCUCAUAAAGUGGCAUGAAGACCGCAAAACAUGGCAUCUCAACAAGACUCGACAGAAGAUGGCUGCCGAAGGAACAGUAUCCUCUCCUUUCAACACAAAGUUCAAAGGUAGCGACUUUGGUCUAGACGAGGCCGAUCUUGAGCACCUUGCCAUCUCUGACGCAGACUCCGAUCCCUCGGACGACCUCGACGCCGAAGACGAGGCCGAGGAGCUAGACCCGAUUGCUGUUGAACGGAAACGCCGCUCUAGGAAACAAGACCAACUUCGCCGUACAGCCGGCGAGCCUGUCAAACCCGAAGUGACGGAAAUUCUGAAGCUUUCCGAGCCAUUUGGGGUGCUUCUUCGCCAAGUUCUUGCUGACUAG